CCUAGCCUUCGCGUCUCCCAAAGGAGAGGCGGGUUUGCUUUGCCUGAUCAAAGAUGGCGGCGGCUGUCAGGGCAGCUUCUCUGAGGCGAGCUGGUUGGGGGCUCUUGCGCUGCCCUGAGGUCUUCAGGCAGCAGCAGCUAAAUCCAGCCCGGCGCUUCCUCCGCGUUGCAGCUGUCCUACACAGAGCUUCGGAUGAGCAGAAACAGAAGCCUAAUCAGCAGAACUUGGAAUCACAGCCAGUGGAUGAGCAACAUGAUCAAAAGUAUCCCAGCUCACAUCCCAGCUACACAGAUCAGGGUGGUGAAGAGUCAGAAGGCUAUGAGAGUGAAGAGCAGCUGCAAAACCGGAUCCUGACGGCGGCUCUGGAGUUUGUCCCGACCCAUGGCUGGACAUCAGAUGCCAUUGCAGAGGGAGCGAAGUCAUUGGGUCUUUCUGUUGCUGCAGCAGGGCUUUUUCACAACGACGGCAGUGAACUGAUCCUGCACUUUGUGUCCCAGUGCAACUCCAAACUUUCUGAACUUCUCGAGGAGCAGCACAAGCUGGUGCAGCUGGGCCAGGCUGAGAAGAAGAAGACAGACCAGUUUCUAAAGGAUGCCUUAGAAGCUAGGCUGAGGAUGCUUAUUCCUUAUAUUGAAAAGUGGCCCCAGGCUAUUAGUGUGUUGUUGCUGCCGCACAAUAUCCCAGCCAGCCUCAAUCUCCUGACAAGUAUGGUGGAUGACAUGUGGCACUAUGCGGGAGAUCAGUCCACUGAUAUAAACUGGUACACUCGCCGAGCAGUGCUGGCUGGUAUUUACAACACUACGGAGCUUGUGAUGAUUCAGGACUCCUCUCCUGAUUUUGAGGAUACCUGGGCUUUCCUCCAAAACAGAAUAGCUGACGCUAUGAACAUGGGCCACACAGCUAAACAGGUGCAAGCGACAGGAGAAGCCCUUGUCCAGGGACUUAUGGGUGCUGCUGUGACUAUAAGGAACCUCACAGGGCUGAACCAACGUCGGUGAAGGGACACAGCUGGGAGUGUAUGAGCAUCUCGCCUGAGACCUGGAAGGAAAAGAGUCGUGACAUCCAGGAACCCCAUCUCAAGUACUCCACAGUUUCCUCUCUCCACACAUCUUUUUCCUCUUGUCUCUCUCACUCAUUCCGCCCUCUCUCUCUCAUUCAUACACACACAUCACCCAACUAGCAUGAGAAUCUUUCAUUUUGGGGACUAUGUGCAGAUGGUAAGACUGUCCUCCCUGGUUGUGCCAUUUAUGCUUAUAUUUGACCUGUCCAGUAAAAUAUAAUGAGGUAGGGUCUAUGUUGUAUUUUAAAAUGCUAAUUUUGGACCCAAAGGAUCUAGUUUUCAUUCUCCCACACUUCCUGCACCAUUUGUGUCCUUGGCUGUAAUCGCCUUAUCCAUCAUUGGUUGAAAUGGCAAAAUUGUGUGAUUUUCUUCCAGCUCCCAAUGCGGUCUUGAAUUCAAGAGAGAGAACAUUGCUGGCAGGCUCCUGGUGAUGUUCCAUUAUCACUCCUUUCAGUUUUCUUCUGGGACUAGGGAUAUGAGAGGUCAUGACCAGUCUCAGCUCAGAGCCCCAACUCUUGAAUGUUUGUUGUUGUCGACGGCAUAUUCACAGCUCUCUGGUGAAUGUCUAAUUUCCUCUCUUCCUGGACACUGACAUGACUGUAAAUUAAUAAUAAGAAUAAUAAAAUCAGAUGGGUUCUCUGUG